UGCCGGAUGAUCAGUGCAGAUAUUUCUCGUGAAGAGCUAGACGACGAUGAUGCCACCGCGUGCAGGGAUUGUUUAUGACCGUAAUGAAGGGGGCGUAGCCAGUUGCGUUAGAGAGGUGCAAAGGCCAGGGACACCGGAGGCAAUACGCAAGUGGCGCCGUUCUGGCACGUCGCCUCCCGGCCAGCGUGUUCUCCAUCCUGGCCAGAUUGGAGACGCUCAAGAUGUCGACCCCAAAAUAUCCUUCGGGAGCGGGGGAGUAAAAGCAAGUGACCACGUCGGGGACAUCUGGCUUCAGCCCGGUGCGGACACGGACGUAAAUCGGCUAAAGCUCGCACUCGCCGAGUCUGUGUAUCGCAGCACCAAGCGAGAACCUUUGGGCAAGGGCUACCAACGGGGACAUCAGCUACCACCGAAGGUCAAAAGCGAUGCGUUCACGUUCGGGGUUUCCUCAGACAAGAGUGAGGCGGCCAAGUCUUUGCUGUACCCACACCCAUCAGCCGUGGACAUGGAGGAAAGCGGCGCUAGAUGUGGACCCGGGGAACAACGUCGGCGCGGUUACAUCUGGGACGUGGAUAUCGAGAACCAUCGAUUUGGCCGUCCUGGAAGUCUCGCAUCUCCUCUUUGUCUGGACAGCGGAAGUGAACCCAGCAGGCUCGUGUCGAAGAAGCUAGACGACUUCAGGGAGACGCAGGAUACUAUUGGACGUGCAAAAAACCUCGGCCAUGACCCUCGGAAAAAGCUUGGGAAGCAUGUGUACGGCAAAGAAGCGGUCAAGCGCGGACCAAACGAAUGGGAUGCGAGGAGCUGCGUGGAAGGCAACUACAGCUGGGCAGAACAACAACCAGACAACGAUCUAGGCAAGUCUAUUACGCCUGGUUUCCGCAACGCUAUUGCAGAAGGGCGAGCAUUUGGGGUCCCAAGCAUCCGCUCGGACAUCCAGCCUUAUGCACAGCGCUCGGUGGCUGAUACUCAGAACUACGGAGACGACUCCAGUGCCAGGCAAGUCGGAAUACCUUCUUCUCCACGAAAUCAAGGUAUCUGGUAA